AUGAAAAAACAACAUUUGCUUGACAAAUAUCAUGCUCUAUUUGUUUCUCAUGGGAAUUGUAUCAACGAAAAACUCUUUUCAGCGAUGGAAGGAAAACAAAUUCAAGCUGAUAUCUUCGCUGGACAUUUUACUUCACCAGUUAUCGGAUUUCGGUCUGAAAUUUUCAAUAUAGAAAGGAAUGAGUGUAUACCCGGAUCAAAUUUUCGCAAUCUUCUGUUCAAUAUUGGUGUUCGAGUAGGUGAUUCAGAUGCAUCAUUCUCAAAAAUCGAUGAUUUGAAAGUAUUUGAAACUUUCUUAGAAGGUGUCACUUGCUCCACACCAUCACCAAAGAUGCGCUCACGUGUGUUUGCUGAUGAACUGCUACGUUUGGGCGUCUGA